GCAGAGAACGACGCCCUGAGGUCAGCCAUGCAACACCCUGACAUUCCGCCCGCUCCCCCAGCUCCGGUCUCCAAACAGGAACCUCAAAUCAACAUCUCAGAAGGGGCCGCCAAGGCGCAGACAACGCACCUCCAGCAGAAUCACGGACUGGACGCAGAGAAUGAUUUGCUUCCUCUGCCUCUCAAAAAGCAUGCAAUUGGCGACGGGCCUUUGGCAAGUUCCCAGGAACUUCCGUACCGGGUCGGAUCAAAACUGAUCAGUGCGGAGGCUGUCGGCGAUAUUUGGGAGAGCUCGAGGCGGGAGAGAUUCGAGUCGGAGCUCUCUGCGGCGACAACCGAUGAAGACGUGUACGAG